AUGGCGACCUCCACGCAGAGCAUCAGUGCGCUGCUCCAACGAAGCACAAUCGACGACCAUGAAGAGGUCAUCAAGGCUUGCAAUGCGGUGUUGAAAAAUUCGAAGCACGAUCUCCACGCCCUCCAUGUAAAAACUGUCGCCCUGGUGAAAUUGGACCGCUUCGAAGACGCAAUUCGAGUCGUCGAGGAAGGCGGGGAUGCGCUCAAGAAUCGGGUCCCGCUGGAGUGGUCUUAUUGCUUGUACAAGAUUGGGAAGCUGGAGGAUGCUAUAAAGAUUGCUGCAAGUGCUGAGACUGGAAGAGGAGGAAAACAUGUUGAGGCCCAAGCUACAUAUCGUGCAGAACACUUCCGUCGAACUGCAGACAUUUACAAGGAGCUAUCCGCUGAGGACCCAGCCCUAGCGGGUGAAAAAAUUGAUGUGCGAAUUAAUUCCCGAGCAACGGAGGCACAACUCCAGUGGGCUGGAUUGGGAAACCUGGUUCAGAAUACAAAACCUAGCCGGGAAGACCUAGAGGGAUUCGAAACGACCUAUAAUGUGGCAUGCGAGCUUUGCAAAUCAUCCGAUGAUCUUACACCUGAAGACAAGGUGGCGGAACUUCUCCCUAUUACCGCCCAACAAUUAUAUGUGGCGCUGAAGCAAGGGAAAAUCGACGAAGCCAAAAGCCUUUCUUCAGAAAUCAAUAUAGCUGAAAUAUCCGAGUUUUCGACAAAGAAAAUAGCACAAAACAACAUUCUUCUUGCUUCCGGAACAGAAUCAAAUCCAUAUUUCCUCCACAAAAAUUUCCACGAGAUCCCUACCUCAACUGAUGGCGACAAAUUAUUUUCCUUCCAAACUAGAGCACUUACCGGAAACUCGUACGUGGUAGACCUUCUGGUCCGCAAAUUCGAUGGCAUAGCAAGAUCAACCGAAAAGGCUCUCUCCCAGCAUCCAUCUCCCACCCUAUCACCUGACAUCAACACCCUCUCUGUUUUCAACAUUGCCGCUCACGUGUUGGAUGGAACAGGCAAAGCCUGUCUCAAGGAAGUGCUUCCCCUGCUAGAAAAGAGACCAAAAGAUAUUGGCCUCAUCCUCACAAUCAUCCAACUAUAUUUUGCAGCCGGAAACGUCAGCUCUGCCAUCUCUACCCUAGAAGCAUUCCUGCAACGACUCGACAAGUCAAUAUCAGAGUCUGACAAAGAUAUCCGGUUCAACCCGGGGCUUCUCAGCAUACUGAUUUCCCUCUAUAAACUCCAAGGCCGCAGAAGCCACAUAAGGGCAGAGCUCGCGAAAGCUGCAUCGCAUUGGCUAUCGCGUCCGGACGGAUCUCCCCCUCUCCUCCGCGCCGCCGCUUCAUCGCACCUGGCCUCUGGCAACCCUUCAGACCUUGCCUUCGCCGGUGAAAUUUUCAGCAAACUCUAUGAUGCCGAUCCUAACGACCGUGUUGCGAUUGCGGGUUGCAUUGCAUCAUACGCAACGAUAUCACCCGAUAGAGUGAAAUCGAUUGUAGAUAAACUCUCCCCCAUCCAAGAUCUAAUUUCCGGCAUCGACGUUUCUUCCCUAGAAGCUGCCGGAAUCCCUUCCAUCACCAACACCGCGACAACAAAAACGAUCACCUUAACUACAGCCACCACCCCCGCUCCAGGGAAAAGCAGCCGCAAGAGACCAGCAGCAGACGACUCCAGCAAGCAAGAAACCAAGAAGAAACGAGUUCGCAAAUCGCGAUUACCAAAGGACUACGAUCCGAACAAGAAACCGGAUCCGGAACGCUGGUUGCCACUGCGCGAUCGCUCGAGUUAUCGGCCUAAGGGGAAGAAGGGGAAGCAGAGGGCAGCGGAACGUAUGCAGGGAAGUGUAGGUAAUGAGAAGAUUGAGGAGUCGGCUGCUUCGACGCCUGUUAUACAGCCAAAGACUCAGGGUGGAGGGAGUGGAGGGGGUUCGAAGAAGAGGAGGGCAAAGGGGAAGAAGUGA